AUGUACAGCCGCGAAGUCCGUCUUCCGCUGGACACUUCCUGUCCCAUAUCACUUCCGUCCCCCGAGCCUCCCCACGAGUUUGUGCGAAAACUUAGAGCUAACCUAUACCGUACACACGAGCUUGCUCGCACCUAUCUCUCCACGGCCCGUCAGCGACAAACAGAGUACUAUGAUCGUCGUGCGCACGGUGCACUUUACCAACCUGGCGACAAAGUAUUCUGGUUUCAGGAUAGGUUGCCUCCUGGGUCAGUCGACAAGUCCUCCACGCCUUGGAUAGGGCCUUUCGUUGUUGUGGAAGUUUCUUCAGAAGUCCUUUGUACCUUCAGGGCCUCUGAUGAUCCAGAGGGUCCCACCUUUGCGGCUCACUUCAACAAGCUCAAACCAUACCCCUUAGAUGGUAACUCUUGCGGCCCUGUCUCUUCGGAGUUACCUUCAUUCCUCUCUGCCGAGCUGCCGCACCCUCCCAUGGAUCCCUCUUCAAUCGUCUCCGUCCCCUCUUCUCCUCUCGCUCCGGCAGUCCCUACGUCUCCCCUCUCCUCAGUCCUCUGCCCCCGUUGGUUUCUCGUACUGUGGAAUUACCCCCCGAAGGUGGUUUCGAAAUCCCACUCGACGGCCUAA